GCCCUGCGUAAAGACGUCAUGACGUAGGGACACGGAAGUGGUGGCGAAGCAGAGAGGCAGACGGUGAAGGGAAAGAAGUAAAGAGACGGACGACUUUCUUCUUCUUUUUCUCCUUCUCUUUUGUUUUCUUGCGAAUUUGUGAGUUUCGUGUUUAGGAGCCAGACGAAGGAGAAGAAGUCGAAGUAGACUUCCAGAGCUCGAUCACUCCUUGCUCGCUCCUCUCCAGCCACGGACCACAUGAACCACAGCGCCAUGGACCACAGCCACCACCACCAUCACACCAUGGCCCCGCCCACCACCAGUGGACACGACCACGGAGGAGGACAUGACGGGAACCAAGGAGGACAUGAGGGACAUGGAGGAAUGGUGAUGACCUUCUACUUUGGCUACAACAACGUGGAGCUGCUGUUCACGGGUCUGCUCAUCAACACCCCUGGAGAGAUGGUCGGGGCAUGCAUCGGUGUCUUCCUAUUGGCCGUCCUGUACGAGGGGUUGAAGAUGGGUCGUGAGUCGCUGCUGCGUCGCAGUCAGGUCAACGUCCGCUACAACUCCAUGCCGCUCCCAGGGGCUGAUGGGACGGUGCUGAUGGAGACACACAAGACUGUCGGGCAGCGGAUGCUUAGCCCCGCCCAUUUCCUGCAGACGGUGUUGCACAUCGUUCAGGUGGUCGUCAGCUACUUCCUGAUGCUUGUCUUCAUGACCUACAACGCUUACCUCUGCAUCGCUGUGGCGGCCGGUGCUGGCAUGGGCUACUUCCUGUUCAGCUGGCGAAAGGCUGUGGUCGUUGACAUCACAGAGCACUGCCAUUAACUAGUAUGCUAAUUAGCAUCGCAUCGGGGGAUUUUGCUGAUCACAAUCAAUAAAAUACUAACAAACACUUUCACUUCAUGUUAGCACGCUAGCUAAUCUGGAGCCACUAACUGGCAGAAUGUUAGCGCAAGAUAAGCAUAAUGAGACACUAAAUUACAUUUGUUACUCAGUAACUGUGGUAACCAACACCUUGUUAGCAAUUUAAUAAGUCUUUGUUUUUCAAGUUAAGUUUUUUUUUAAAACUCCCGCUGGAGGGUGAGCCAGCCAAUCACAGCUCACGUCUCCUCAGAAGUUCCUGACCGGCCAAAUCAUGUGAUAUUGUCUCUUAUUUCCUUUUUAGUGCCAUGACAACUGGAAGGUUAGCGCUAGCUGCUACUAGACAAAAUGUUAGCAUACGUAGCUCACAUUUACUAUUAUUUCUUUUGAUUAGCAUUGGUAGACGAGCCAAUAACCAUUAACCAUAUUCAAACAUUUAUUUAGAAUAUAAUAUAUUAGAGAGUAGAUGUUUAACAAAACUUUUCAUUUAGAUUUUUUUAAUUUAAAUGAAAUUUAUAAAAAAUAUAAUUUUUUAUUUUUCUUGUCUACACACAGAAACAGUUUCUACUUUUUUCUUUUUAAAUAAGUCGUAGACAUGAAUCCAGCUGAUGGGCCACUAAUUGAGUUCAUCAGACAAAUCAUAUAUUUUUUUAAUUACUAAAAUUCUCCUCGAAACGUUUUUGGUCUAAAGAAUUGACUGUAAUGUGUGAAAACUUUAUAGUGAAAUCUUUUGACUGUUUUUUAAAUAAAAUCAUCUCCAGUGAACAUCGAGCCGCUCGUUAAAUUGGUCCAGAUUUAGACUUUCAGGAUUUAAAAUCUGAAAUGAUUUUCAGAUAUUUCUAAGUAAAUGUGUCGUGCCGACCAUUUUUUCCUUUUGCGAGCUCUGACUGGUCCGUGAGCCGACCAAUCAGAGCUCAGAUGGUUAACAUCAGAUUUGUUCAGAAUCCUCAGGUUUUAAAUCUGAAUUUCACAGAUUUUCUCCUGAAUAAAAACAUCAUGAAACAUCAAAUUCAGCAGUUUGUAUAUUGGGAUAAAUUUCAUGAAUUAAAUUUACAAGAAGGACUUUUUUUUUUUAAAACACCAGCAUUUCUCCCGUGUUCAUGUUUUGUCUCGGCCACCGUCGGCCUUAAACCUGUUGCCUUAAGGAGCCGAGCAGCUGCUGACUGCAGGCCAGUGUUUGAGUUCAAGGUGCUGCUCUUCACCGUCCUCGUCUCUGUUAACCUGGAGGCUCUGCUGGUUUCACUUUAGUUCAACUUGAAAACUGACGUCUCUGGACUUAUUUCAGUGUGAGGAAAAAUGUGUCACUAAACUGUCCACCUGGAAAAAUCACAGUUUGGGAGAAAAGACCAAAAAUAAAAGAUAAAACACUGCUGAUGAAGUCAAACUUUUGAUGGUUCCUGACUAAAAUGAUCUUUUUUCUGUCUGGAAUGGAUUUCCACAGAUGUCAUUGUGAUUGUGAUUGUUGUUAAUCUCGGCUCACUGAGACGUGGGCCGAGUUUACUUUGUGCACCAUCAGGUCGCAGGGCAGAUCAGUUACUGGACUUGUGUUCUGUUCCAUGUCAGAGCUCCGCGUGAGUCAUUGUCUGUGUUGAUGUUGUUGAAAAUGAAGUUGAGGUUAAACGUGUUGGAAACUGUCUGUGAAGGAAACAUUAAAGUGUCUGAAAAUGUUUUAAUUGUCACGAAUGCUGGAAUCAUUUAAAAAAAAA